CCUCUGAAGACCCGACCUGUCUCCAGAUUUACCUUCUCCCCACCUUCGGACUGACUCCCGUGUACCAGAACUUUGAUCCGCCUUGCAGAGCGCAACUACGAUGUGGGCAACCGCGAACUCCUUGCGGUGAAGCUAGCUCUGGAGGAGUGGAGACAUUGGCUGGAGGGGUCCAAGCUCCCGUUUCAGGUGUGGACAGAUCACAAGAACCUGGAGUACCUGCGGACUGCAAAGAGACUGAACCCCCGACAAGCCAGACUGACGGGCAGACUGAGAGGAUGAAUCAAGAAGUUGAGACAAAGCUCCGCAUUCUGUGCAACUCCGAUUCCACCAGAUGGGCUGAGAACCUUCCUUGGGUGGAGCAUGCCAUAAACUCUACUCCAUCUAGUUCUACGGGACUCUCCCCCUUUGCUAUUGUUUAUGGUUACCAGCCUCCAGUUUUCUCCAUCCAAGAGAGGAACUCCAGUGUACCAUCCGCCCGGUUGUCAGCUUUGAGAUGCCAACGUGCCUGGAGGAGGGCCAGAAGGGUCAUUCAGCGCAUGUCCCAAGUUCAGGCUCGGGCCGCUGAUCGGCGACGGGUUCCAGCUCCCCACUACCAGGUGGGGCAGAGGGUCUGGCUCUCAACUAAGGACCUUCCAUUGAGGGUGGAGAGCAGGAAGUUGGCUCAACGGUUCAUCGGUCCGUUCCCAAUCACCAAGGUUAUCAACCCGGUGGCGGUCCGUUUACAACUUCCCCGCGUCAUGAGGAUACACCCCACCUUUCAUGUCUCUCGAGUAAAACCGGUCAGAUCCUCCAAGUUCUUGCCCUCCCCCAAACCCCCGCCACCCACCCGACUAAUCGACAACGAUCCUGUCUAUACUGUGCACCGCAUCCUGAAGUCAAGGAGACGAGGCAGAGGCGUCCAGUACCUCGUAGACUGGGAGGGGUAUGGGCCUGAGGAGCGCUCCUGGAUUCCUUCUCGCUUCGUGCUAGACAAGUCCCUAAUUAAGGAGUUCCACAGGACAUAUCCCGAUCAACCCAGAGGGGCGUCUGGAAUCCGCCCUUAGGGAAGGGGCUCUGUAAUGAUACCACUCCUGAGGACCAGUUAAUUGACACACCUGUUCCUGCUAAUCUUCUCAGCUGCCCCUCCUGUUUCUGCCUCUACUUAAGCAGCCCUGAGACCCAGAGCCAGUGCCAGAAUAUCUUGAGCCAUAGUGGUGAGAGCAUUCCAGCAUUUUUCGACUAACCUGCCUGUGUAUGACCUUUUUCUGUUUCCUGUUUCAUGAGCCUGCCUGACCCCGUCCUGCCUCCACCUGAACCUCUGAAGACCCGACCUGUCUCCAGAUUUACCUUCUCCCCACCUUCGGACUGACUCCCGUGUACCAGAACUUUGAUCCGCCUGUGAGUACCGAGCCUGAUCAAUCCCCUAACCUCUGAGCUCUGCCUGUUACCAGACCCGGACUGGACUCUGAUCUUGGAUUGCCCUACUGGACUGCCCACUGGAUUCUAACCUUCGGACCGUUUCUUGGAUUUGGAUUCUGCAAGACCCGUGCGGCGUCAGUCUGCUCUGAUCCUCCCCUCUCGGCUCAGUCGACUCUUCCCUCCCCACUCGGAUUCUGUAAGGAGCUUCCAGCUAGACGCUGCCUGCUACCACCCCUGAGCCGUUUUUCCUGCACGAAGUAAUAAAUCUGAUUCCAACGCCACUGACCUGUCGUGUUGUCUUCUGGGUCCGCCCGUCCAGAGCGUUACA